AUGUGGAAGCACACUCUCAGACGGGUUUCCAUUGUUGCUACUGUUUUAACAAUUAUAGCAAAUGUUUAUAUUUUCACUUAUCCGUCACUGCAUCCAGCACGAUGCUCAUGGCAUUGUAGUAAUAAUGGAACAAAUGAUGAGGUUCCAGCUACAACAUUCGAAAAGUUUGUUUUUUAUACAAACAGGUAUAUUAAAGAUGUAAAACUACAAUGGACGUCUAAGGAGCGCUCUGACCAUGACACUAAUGACAUUCAUAUAUUGGCCUACGGUGAUCCCCAAAUCAAAGGUAUAUGGUCUUCUACACCUUAUCGUACAAGAUUAGACAUUUUUGGAAAUGACCACUAUUUGGGGCACAUUGCUGGAAUGAUGCAGAAGAGACUAAAUCCCACUCACAUUGCGGUUUUGGGGGAUUUGUUUUCCUCUCAAUGGAUUCCAGAUUUUGAAUUUUUCAAUAGAGCAGUUAGAUUUGCUAAAAGGUUAUACCAUAGAGAUACCCAAUGGUUGAAAGAAAUAGAGCGAAAGGAACAUGAUGAAGAUGGGAAGUACAAAGUCGAUUGGUCUAAAUGGGGGGAAAACUUCAAUGGCAUAUUAAAUAGUGAAACAAAAGAUUUCGGCUUUGGAUUCAAAGAUAUCUACUCUUGGGAUGACGAAGAACCAUAUCUUUUCCUCAAUUUAACAGGUAACCAUGAUGUCGGUUAUUCUGGUGAUGCAACGUAUCAACAUAUGGCUAGAUUCAGUGAAAUCUUUGGAAAAGAUAAUUAUUGGAUCGAAUACGAUACUGAUACGGAUCAUCCAUGGAGAAUCGUUGUCUUGGAUGAUAUGCUGUUAGAAGGCCCCGCUUUACAGCCAGAGUUUAUAACGUACACAUGGGAGUUUCUAUACCAACUUUUUGAAAGACAAUUCAAUGGUAGUACGGUUUUAAUGACACAUGUACCGUUUUAUAAAAAAGAAGGAUUAUGUUACGAUGGCCCAGAGUUUAGAUAUUAUCCAGAAAAUUAUGAGAGAGAACCUUACAAGGCAAAUCUACUGAGAUCACAAAAUCAUCUCAGUGAAGACGUUAGCAGGCGCGUGCUCAAUCUAAUCUUUGACAACGAUAAACCAGGUGUCAUACUAACAGGUCAUGACCAUGAGGGAUGCGAAACCUUUUAUAAUAAAAUAGAUCGGAAUGGUACCUGGGUAGCCGAUAAUAAGGUUCUUGAAAACUCAAUUCAUCAGAUCAAGGAAGUAACAGUAAGAUCAAUGAUGGGAGAGUUUUAUGGGAACGCAGGUCUAUUAACAGGUCAUUUCAAUGAAGGAAAAUUACAAUGGGAGUGGCAUUUUACUUUAUGUCCUUUCACACUUCAGCAUGCCUGGUGGUUCGCAAAAGUUUCAUUGUUGGUCACAGGCUUUGCUUGGUCGUUGUUAUUAGUAUUAUGA